AUGGCAGACACGGAGAGCCGAAGCUCGACUUUCCCUGACAUCGUGGAGCUCAACGUGGGUGGUCAGGUAUAUGUGACCCGACUCGACACGCUCACGGCGGUGCCCGACUCCCUGCUGUGGGCCAAGUUCACUCAAAGUUCCCCGGAGGAGCUUCCCAAAGACGGCAAGGGUCGUUUUUUCUUCGACCGAGACGGCUUUCUGUUCCGCUAUAUUUUGGACUACUUGCGCGACUCAGAGCUUUUUCUGCCCGAGUUCUUCAAGGAGAGGAGGAGGUUGCAGAAGGAGGCAGACUUCUUCCAGCUACCGGAGCUGUCGCGGCGCCUGGCGGUCCCCAGCGGGCACAGUUCCCCCACGGAGGAAGGCGGGGAGUCGGAAGAGGCUGAGCUCGCUAGCCCUACCACCACCACCUCCUCGUCGUCCGAUAGAACCCCGCGCUCGCCCGGCACAGGCGCGGGCUACAUCACGGUGGGCUACAGGGGCAGCUACACCAUCGGUAGGGACAUCCAAGCGGAUGCCAAAUUCCGCAGAGUGGCCAGGAUAACAGUGUGCAGCAAGAUUUGCCUAGCCAAAGAAGUCUUUGGGGACACUCUGAACGAGAGCCGCGACCCAGAUCGACCCCCGGACAAGUACACGUCCAGGUACUACCUCAAGUACAACUUCCUGGAGCAGGCGUUCGACCGGCUGGCCGAGGCCGGUUUCCACAUGGUGGCCUGCAACUCUACGGGGACCUGCUCGUACGCCAGCAGUGACCCGGGGGAGGACAAAGUGUGGACCAGCUACACAGAGUACGUUUUCAGUCGGUGA